AUGAGCGUUUGGAGGGUCGACUACGUGCGGCACGCCAUGUCCGAGUCCAACAGGGACGAAAACAACGGCGUGCAUAUCCUCGACCCGAAAUUGGUCAGCGGAGAAGAGGACAGAGGCGAUGGGCGCAAGUUGUGCUGUACAGCGCUCCGGCCUUACUUCAGAAUCGAGGCGAACAGGCCCACCCACGUAGCGUUAUCGCCUCUCGCUCGCGCUGUACAGACCAUGAUCCUGGCCCUUGAGAUCGACGUUCUACAAACGGCCAAGGUCACAGUUUUGCCCAGCCUCAUCGAACAAACCGACUGGAUGUCGGACAGAGCGAGACCUAGCGCCGAGAUCAAGGGGUUGAUGAGGAGUGAGCUUAGGCUGAGAGCUCGGGAGUCUGGCAUCCCAGAGAUCACGGUGGACAUGGACUACUCUGCUUUCGAGGAGGUAGAGAAGGAUGAAGAUUGGAUCAAGAAGGAUGGUCCUUACGCACCGCACAGUAUCAUUGAGCGAGCGAAAAGAGCUCGAGAGGAUCUUCGUGAAUGGGCCAAGGCAAGCGAAGAAGACAGCGGCUCCGGCAAAGCGAAACUGGCCGUGUUGGGACACAGCGGCUUCGUCAACUUCCUCAUCGACGACUAUUCCGGCAUCGGAUGCUUGGACUCGGAUACCCCACAGCUUGGCAGCUGGCCUUAUGGCGCAAUCGGACAGCUCAUCCUCAGUGAUGUCGACGAGAACAACACCGUGGUCCGACUCGAGGAGACACGCGAAUCCCGCAAAAGACGGGGGAGACAGGCGGAUGGUGACGGCACUGAAGUGAAGACGGCGCAAAUGCAGCGGGACGCCAUCGUCAAGAUAUCCCGUCGCAAUGCGACUCUCGGCAUAUAUCGGACGAUUUUCGAGACGGGCAGAAUUCCGGAGGUGGUAGCUGGACAAGGGAUCGACUACCUGCUGGGAAACGACCUUUAG